AAUUUUGACACCCAAAAAAAUAAAAACAAAAAAGUCCAAACUUUUGAAAAAAACAAAAGAAAAAAAGAAAAAGAAAAAAGAAAAAACAAAAUCACAAUCAGAAAAGCACGUAAUAUAUUUCUCUCUCAGAUCGACUACUUUCUUUUUCGUAUCGCUCUGUUGCUAAGUGUUGUGGAAGCUGAAUUGAUCUUUCUAUCUCAUCGUCUUCCUUCGGGCGGGCAAAGGGUUUUGUGGACCCAAGUAGGUGACUUCUGAACAUGGAUUUGGUAUCUGGUUACAAGGGGGUUGUGGGUCUCGUUUUUGGCAAUGAGAACUCUGGGUCAAAUGAAGAUAGCUAUAUCGAACGCUUGCUUGACCGCAUAAGCAAUGGUAAACUGGCAGAAGACAGGAGGACUGCUAUGGUUGAACUUCAGUCUGUUGUAGCAGAAAGCAAUGCUGCUCAACUAGCUUUUGGAGCAAUGGGCUUUCCCGUGAUGAUUAGUGUUCUAAAGGAAGAGCGUGAUGAUGUUGAAAUGGUCCGAGGUGCCCUAGAAACUCUUUUAGCUGCGUUGACUCCUAUUGACCAUGCAAAAGGGCAAAAGAAUGAGGUUCAACCAGCUCUAAUGAACACUGAUUUGCUUUCUAGAGAAGCAGACAGCAUUGCACUACUCCUAAGUUUGUUGUCAGAGGAGGAUUUCUAUGUACGAUACUAUACCUUACAGCUUUUGACAGCUCUUCUCACAAAUUCACCAAAUAGGUUACAGGAAGCAAUUCUGACUAUACCUCGUGGUAUAACUCGGUUGAUGGAUAUGCUUAUGGAUCGUGAGGUGAUAAGGAAUGAGGCCCUACUACUCCUUACCUACUUGACCCGUGAAGCUGAGGAGAUUCAAAAAAUUGUGGUAUUUGAAGGUGCUUUUGAGAAGAUUUUCAGUAUCAUUAAAGAGGAAGGAGGUUCAGAGGGUGGUGUUGUAGUGCAGGAUUGUCUUGAACUGCUAAACAAUCUUAUUCGCAACAAUUCAUCUAAUCAGAUACUAUUGAGGGAGACAAUUGGCUUUGACCCCUUGAUGUUAAUUUUGAAGUUACGUGGAAGUACUUACAGUGUCACCCAACAAAAGACAAUUAAUCUACUCAGUGCGUUAGAAACCAUUAAUUUGUUAAUUAUGGGAGGUUCAGAGGCUGAUGCUGGAAAAGAAGCGAAUAGAUUGACAAACAAAACAACCCUUGUUCAGAAGAAAGCGUUGGACCAUCUUUUGAUGUUGAGUGUUGAAAGCCAGUGGGCACCUGUUCCUGUCCGUUGUUCCGCACUAAGAUGCAUAGGUGAUCUUAUUGCUGGAAAUCCCAAGAAUCUUGAUGUCAUCGCAAGAAAAGUUCUUGGAGAGGGACCACAAGAACUUGCUUUGAAUUCAAUUCUUCGUAUUCUCUUGAGGACUUCCAGUGUGCAAGAGUUUCUUGCAGCAGAUUAUGUUUUUAAGAGCUUUUGUGAGAAAAAUGCUGAGGGGCAAACUAUGUUAGCAUCCACAUUAAUUCCCCAACCGUAUUCCAUGACUCAUGCUCCCCUGGAGGAGGAUGUGAACAUGACUUUUGGAAGCAUGCUAUUACGGGGUCUUACUAUGAGUGAAAGUGAAGGUGAUCUUGAGACUUGCUGUAGAGCUGCUAGUGUUCUUUCCCAUGUACUCAAGGACAAUAGCCAAUGCAAGGAAAAGGUUUUACGGAUUGAGAUUGAACCACCUACGCCAUCCUUAGGUUCUCCUGAGCCACUGUUACACCGCAUGGUAAAAUACUUAGCACUUGCCACUUCCAUGAAAGGUAGGGAAGGAAAGUCAAGCACAGUAGGGAACUCAUAUGUUCAGCCAACUAUUUUGAAAUUGCUGGUGACAUGGCUGGCUGAUUGCCCCAGUGCAGUAAACUGCUUCUUAGAUUCACGCCCCCACCUUACUUAUCUGCUUGAGUUGGUGUCAAAUGAAUCUGCAACAGUUUGCAUUAGGGGGUUGGCUGCAGUUCUUUUGGGAGAGUGUGUGAUCUACAACAAAUCAGCUGAGAGUGGAAAAGAUGCUUUUACUAUAGUAGAUACCAUAGGCCAGAAAGUUGGGCUUACUACAUUUUUUCUGAAAUUCGAUGAGAUGCAGAAAAGCUACAUUUUUGCCUCUGCAAGCUCUGCCCAGCCUCGUAGACUGUUGACAAGGUCCACUGCUGCUAGCAUGGCAGAUAUUGAAGAUGUUGACCAGAAUGAUAUAUCUGAUAAAAAAAACAAUGAUCAUCCCAGUCUCUCAUCAGUCUUUGAUUCCCAUUUUGUGAUCCUCGUCAAGAGCUUGGAAGCAGAUAUCAGGGAAAAAAUUGUGGAGGUUUACAGUCAUCCAAAGAGUCAGGUGACUGUGGUGCCAGCAGAAAUGGAACAAAAGAGUGGGGAAAGUGAUGGGGCAUAUAUCAAGCGGCUGAAGGCAUUUAUAGAGAAGCAAUGCUCUGAGAUACAGGAUCUUCUUGGGCGGAAUGCAACUUUGGCUGAGGGCAUGGCGAAGACAAGUGGGGGCAGUUCUUCCCAGUCUGAGCAGAGGGCUGGUGGGGCCUCAGAAAGGGUGCAGGUAGAGACACUUAAACGAGAUCUUCAAGAAGCAUCUCAACGGCUGGAGUUCCUCAAGGCAGAGAAAGCCAAAAUUGAAUCUGAGGCAUCUAUGUAUCAGAAUUUAGCUGGGAAGAUGGAAUCUGAUCUGCAGAGCUUAUCUAAUGCUUACAACAGUCUUGAACAGGCCAAUUUUAAUAUGGAAAAGGAGGUGAGAGCUCUGAAGAAUGGAGGGCCUUCGACAUUUCCAGAUAUUGAGGCAAUAAAAGCUGAAGCAAAAGAAGAAGCACAGAAAGAGAGUGAGGCAGAACUGAAUGAUUUGCUGGUGUGCCUUGGGCAAGAGCAGAGCAAAGUGGAAAAACUAAGUGCAAGGUUAUUGGAGUUGGGUGAGGAUGUUGACAAGUUGCUUGAGGGUAUCGGUGAUGAUGUUGGUCUUCUGGAAGAUGACGAUGAAGAUGAUGAUGAAUAAGUUGCUUGUGUUCUGCUCUCCUCACAAGUAUGGCUGGUUGUGUUUUGCUCUCGCCUUGUACAUUUCUUGUUGAAUUGUACAGUUUUAAAUUUUAUAAUUUUUAUGAUUUACUCAAAUUCUGGAUCAAAUUAAUCUAUUUAAGUUAAAUUUCUUCAAACAUGCCUGGAUUAUCUUGUAAUUUAUACUUAAAUCAAUUACUUGAAUUGUUGUUUCAA